UGUCACUGACCUAAACUAUGUGUUAUUGAAAUCUGUUUUUGGAGUAAAUUGCCCGGUUAUCUCAAGCAAAGAAACAAAGUAAUUAUUAUAGAAAUGGCACGAAAUAUUCUUAAAUUGGGUGCCCUAGAAGCUCAAAGAACCGCGUUCCUACUAUGUGAUGUGCAAGAGACAUUCCGACCUCACGUGAAACAUUUCGCCGAGGUGGUCAAAGUUGCAAAUAAAAUGUUAGAAGCAGCAAAACACUUCAACAUACCAGUAUAUGUAUCGGAACAGUAUCCUAAAGGAUUAGGACACACUACAAAAGACAUUAAACUAGACAGCGCAAAGCUUGUAUAUGAAAAGACAAAAUUUUCCAUGUAUACUCCGGAACUACAGGAGAGAUUGAAGACGGAUGUGCCAAAUUUGGGCUCAGUUGUGCUGUUUGGUAUUGAGGCACACGUAUGUAUAGAGCAAACUGUGAUAGACUUGCUGAAUGACGACAUCACGGUACACGUUUUGGCCGACGGAGUCUCCUCAAGGUCCCUGAUGGACAGGGGAUUAGCUUUGCAGCGCAUGCAAUCGCUGGGCUGUUUCAUAGGCACAUCGGAAAAUGUGCUUUUCAAGCUGCUAAGGAACAAGCAGCAUCCAGCAUUCAAGCAUAUUUCCAAGCUAUUUAGAGAACCCACUAGCGAUGUUUUAAGCUAUGACGUUAUGUCUAAGCUUUGACUUGUCGUUUUCAACACAUCGGCUGCUUCGUGGGCACAUCAGAAAACGUUCUCUUCAAGUUGCUGAAGGACAAAAACAAUCCUGCAUUCAAAGCCAUAUCCAAACUGAAUUUAACUCCUACUCCGGAUCAAUUCGGACACAACGAUCAGGGCUACCUUGAUAAAUUAUAAACAUUUGUUUUUAUUAAAGAAUAUUAGCCAUUUGAA